GUUGAUGUGGAUGCGACCGAGCCUCGUGUGGCAGGCGAGGUGCUCGUGCAGACCAGCAGCUCGUCGGCCCACGCAACCUCUACACCAGCAGCAAGAACAAGAGGAGACCCAACAGUGACGGCGCAGGCACGGAGCCACCGCCAGCCUCGCCCGAGUGAGGCGGAGGGGACGCAGUUGGCGCCGCACGAUCCUGCCACAGUCGUAAGGCUGGACUCUCGCAGGCGUCAGCUUCAUCUCAGCCCCGUCCAGCGUGAACUGAUUUGGAGCGCACGCCGGGAGCAGUACCAGCAGAUGUUGUUGCGCAUGGUGACAUGCUUGCAGUCCCACCUUACGCCGAUCGAAAAGUGCCACACGCUCUUGGCGCUGCAUGAAGAAGUCAUUGAGAAGCGUCUGCGGCUGCGCGCGGACACGUACGAUGACAUAUUCCAUAUCUUUUACGCUGUGGCGACGCUUGGCAGUGCGGCUCCCGCGCUGGAUGCGGAGGAGGCUGUUGGUCGCAACCGCACCUUGGCGUCCUCGAGUCUCCUGCCUGCGGAGUUUGCAAGUGCCAGUGUAGCGGCGGCGUCGCUCCUUGCCGGCCCGCUGCUGCAGAGCCUGUGGACGAUGUACCGCUACAUGAUCGACAGCGGCACCAACCCGACGCCGCGCAUCGUGCAGCACAUGAUGGGCGUUCUGGAGCGGCACCGCGCCAAGGACCCCAUCGUGGAGGCGCGCGCUCACUCCCUCAUGCUGGACCUCGACCGCUUCCACCUGCCGCCGACAGAGUACACCGUCGCCGCAUACAUCGGGGUGUGCGAUAGCAAUGGUGCGAUGCACCUCGCCGUGGCACGCGUGACGGACUACCGCACACGGCACGAGCGGCAGGCGUCUGCCGGCAUCUACGCCCGGCUGCUCUUCGGCCUGGCGCACAACCAGCAGUAUGACGAGGCACUUGCGUGUGUGACGACGAUCGACACAGUUGCCGUGACGCCCCAUCUUCUUAACGCGGUUCUGCAUGUUGCCCGUCACUCCCGCAACCCACUCUCCGCCUUUACCUUCUACAAGAGUGUGGUGGGGCAACAGGGAAGGGGAAAC